CGUCCACUAAAUGUAUUGAAAUUGAGUUAAAAAGCGCGGGAAAAUCUUUUCAAAUUGACGUGUUGGUGAGUCGAGAUUUGUCGGGUUGGGUCGGUGAAAAUACAGUCUUAUGUCGGUGUCGAGUGUGACGGUGUCGGCCAUGAUAGUAUUUCCGUCGGGCAUUUAAUAUAUUUCCAUUAGAAAUUAUGGAAACUAAAUAUGAUACGACGUCGACGACAAUGGGCGAGACUUGCGAAAUAAUUUAUUCGCAGAAGGGCAAUCACAAGCUAAGGAUUCGCGGUUAUCUGAUGGUGAAGGAGAGGAACCGCAAUGACAUAUUCUACUGGUGCUGUGUAAAGAACAAAUCUAUAAACUGCAAGGGCAGAGUGACUACGAUCUUAAUCAAUCAGCAGCACUAUGUUAAAAAGUUUGUGAACCAUAAUCACGAACCGACAGAGGACGUAAAGUUUCUAAAUAGUAAUAUUAAAAUAGAGGCAGAAACGGAAAAUAAUCAAGAUUCUCUUCGAUUUUCACCCCGAUCCUCUGACGUAACCGGUGAAUCGAUACCUGCGUGUAUGGAGUUAAAAUACGUUCCGCUCUGCACAAUAGAAACCAAAGAAGAUUGUCCCGUAGUCACCGAUGUUGGUGCACCGCAGACACCAAAUUUAUCUACAAACGUUACCUACAUUAAAUCCAUAUGCAACAUCUUGGAGUGCGAGAUGCUGCAAAUGCCCGAGGAUGUAGUAGAAGAGUGCAAGGAUGAAAUUAUGGAGUUGAUUAUGCGAAACCGGAGAAAAGUUAAGGAACGCAAGGAGAUCGACGUUAAGCGAGAUUCCACUGUAUAUUCUACAUAGCAUUAAAAUUUGACCGUCACCUGUAUUUAUUUAUCUUAAAAUAUUGAAAGAAUCUGUAAAAUAUUGUUUGUUCAG